AUGGUCAAAACACUCCCCUUCGGCGAUAUCGAAGUGCCUUCACCUGGCUUUGGUGCCAUGGGCUUAAGCUUCGGCUUGGGUACCAAUCUCACCUUCGAGCAAGCAGAGCCGGUUCUUAUGAAAGCGAUUGAACUAGGGUGUACAUUCUGGGACACUGCUGUCGUCUACCAAGCUGGUGUGAAUGAAAAACUGCUGGGCGAUUUCAUCCGGAAACACAAUGUCCGGGACAGGGUCUUCAUUGCGCCGAAAUGCGGUUUCAACGUUGCAGAUUUCUCCGUCACCAAUUCCGCUGCUCAUAUCAAGGAGUAUAUCGAUGGUACCAUCGAGCGACUUGGCUUCGCGCCUGACCUCUAUUACUUGCACCGGAUCGAUCCUAAAACACCACUCGAGGAGUCGAUCCCUGCCCUCGAUGAGAUCCGCAAGGCCGGCAAGACCAAGUAUAUUGGUCUCUUGGAGUUCGCCAAGAUCGAUGCCGUGCAAGCGGAGUAUUCUGCAUUCGAGACCAUCCAUGAGACUGACGGUCUCAUUGACGCAUGCAGAGAACUAGGAGUCGCUUAUGUUGCCUACAGUCCGCUGGGACAUGGCUGGCUCGUCGACGACUUCCAAUACAAGUCUCCUGAUGACUUUGCCCCGGAUGAUUUCCGCCGGAGGAGCCCCAAAUUCCAAGGGGAGAACUUCUACAAGAACAGAGCAAUCGUGGAGGAGAUCAAAAAGCUUGCUGCUCGGAAGAAUUGCACCACCAGUCAGAUAGCGCUGGCCUGGGUCGCCGCGCAGGGAUUCAUUGCUAUUCCCGGUACGACUAAGGCUAGCCGGCUCGAGGAGAACUGGGCGUCUAGGGAGAUUGAUUUGACCGAGGAGGAGAAGCAGGAGAUGCGGAGAAUCAUUGACGUGGCGAAGCCGUAUGGGAAUAGGUACGCGCCUGAGCAUCAGGCUUUGGUGGGACAUUAG